AUGGCCCCCAAGCACAUCCCCAACGCCAUCUCCCGCACCCUCAACUCCCGCGUCUCCAAGACACACGUCACCCGUGCGCAUAUCCAUCUCAACCGCAAGCCACAUCCAGCAGUACGCACGAAGAAGAAGCGCGACCAGAAACUUCGCCGAAUAGACAUCCAACCCCCUUCCCUUACCAGCUCAAGCUCGAAGCACAAGCCAUUCGACUCUCGCUUCACGCGACACAAGUCCACAUGGCGGUCCAUAGCACACGGCUUUGUGGAGCAGCAACAAGAGAAGUUGAGGAGUACGGAGGGAGACGAGAUGGAGUGUGAAUACGAUACUAUGGACCAACUGGCCGCGUUCUAUGCGACCGGUGGUGUCUUUGGUAGUCCACCUACAUCUCCCGCGUCGUCACCUUCGUCGUCUUCAAGUAGCAAUACCUCUGGAAGUUCGGCUGUGUCUUGGAGCACCGCGUCGACCUUCAGUGCUCGCACCCUCGCCAGUUCGAUGGCGUCACAGCCCAGCGCGGCGUCCUUCACCGCCAUCACAGGCACCUCAACCGCGGAUAACAGCGGAAUGUCCUCUCCAGAGAUCGACAUGGCAGAUGCGCCGGACGUUUCCACAAGCCAUGUCGCCGCCACGCCUCCAGUUCUCACAGCACCUAUACCCGCACCACCACCCUUGCAGCCGCCACAGCCCGUGACCACGGCCCCCACCGCCAAGGUCAACACACCCCUAUUGCCGGGCUUAGCCUACUUACCAUCCAAACCCCUACCAACCGAGAAGGCGGCAGCCAAACCGCGCUCAAAGACCCCCUCUCUACCCCCCAAAUCCGCAUCCAAACCCGACGUCGAACUAGGCAUGGGCUCUUUCUCCGCCUCAAAAAUCACCUCCUCAUCCACGCUCGUCUCCGCUUUUAGCAACCCCCAUUUCAAAACCUUCUUCGCCUCCGAAAUGAUCUCUCUCCAAACCCAUCUGCAAUCCAACAAGGAAAUACGCGGCUCCCACCUCGUCUAUCUUAAUAGGUCGCUAAAAUGGGUCAUCGAUGCGGCGGAGGCAAAGUGGUUUAAUCCCGACAUUGACUUUGAGAGCGAUGAUGUGGCGGAUUGGAGGGGGAAGUUGAAUGUUUUUAUGGAGGUUUUUGGGGGUGAGGUAGAGGGGGUUGCGAGGGAUACGAAGGAGAGGAUUGAGAAGGUGUUUGGGUUGUUUGCUGAUGAGGAGGGGGUUAAUGGGGGGUUUGGGGAGGGGGCGGUAGCUUGA